AUGGACGAUGUGUUGAACAAGGACCGCGCUGCUUUUGUUCGUCAGCUCGAAGACACCAACCCGGACUGUAGAAUAGAAGCACAAUAUGCACCAUCAAUAGACUUCACAAAACACGUAAGGAAUCUCUCUGUGCGUUAUAUAUCCACUAUUCUACCCACUGAACACAACCUUGAUGACUGGAUUGUUCUACCGUUGUUUCAGCAUGGUCAAGACAUACCAAUUGACAAUGAUGGUCGCACUGCAAUUUUGUUGGCGCAUGCACCAUCUUUGGAACGCUUGCUAGAAAUGUGGCGGGACAGGAUUGAUGGCGAACGACAUGAUCGAAAGGAGAAGAAGCGUCAACGUAAGGUGGAACGACGAGAAAGCCGGCAGCGUAGACGAGCGGAAAAACGAAAGCUAAAGGAAAGUCCAGAAUUAGAAACUGGAAUAAAGCUCUACAAACACGAUUGCGAAGAAGAGUUUCAUGGAUCUCAUGUUCAAGUCAGAAAUUCUAAAUGCACUUCUGAAGACGAUGUGUCGAGUGUAAAUUGUCAGACAAGUGUUGUGAAGAAUGAGAAUGAUGUCUGUAGCAGCACGGAUCGCGAAGCCAGCAGGGGAGGCUGCAGAAAUAAGGAAGUCGACCUUGUGUUUGCUCCUGAUGUCGUGAAAAAGGAAGAACCUUCCUCCGCACAACAGCACGACCCACAAGCAUCUAUCACUGAGACGAGGCUUGCAAUCAAGAAAAACCACAACUCUGAUCAAUCUGAUAGGAUUGGAUUGGAAACAUCUAACAUUAGUUUACUUCAUGAUUCUGGUAUCGUAAUCGAGAAAAAAGGUUCCGCUAAUGAUAACGAAGUUGCAGCAUUGGAAGUAGACGAUGGAGUUACGGCAAUGGAGCAUCAAAUAGCUUCCAUGGAAGCUGCAGAACUCGCUCAAGAUACCAAGAUAAUUGAGGAUGUAGAUUGCGAAAUACAUUUGGAGUCAGACCACGCUGCAUAUAAUCUCGAACGAGAAUUGAAUGGAGAACCAGUGGAAUGUAAGAAAUUCAAAGAAAGUCUAUUACGCGUGGAACCCUCAUUUGUGGUGGUAGAUCCUAUACCAGAACCAAGUCCAGAACCGCGCCCUUCAAAAGCGGAACUAAAAAAGAACUCGGCGUCAAAUAGAGUCAAGACCUCUUUGUUACAGCGUAUGGCCGAAGGUCAUGAAGUUGACGUUGAUGCCACUAACGCUGCUGCUAGUGAAAACGAUUACAGGAACACGUUUUGCUAUUUAUGUCGAAUCGAUUUUUCUUCUUCUAAAGGAUUAUAUUUACACAACGUAAAAUUGCAUUCCGAAGGCGAAGUGCAGUGUGACGUUUGUUUCAAACCUCUAAAGAACCGUAUUACACUAAUGAAACAUAAGAAACUCCAUUUGGGGGCUGAAGAUAUGCAUUGUAUGUGCACGGAGUGUGGUCGUCCAUUUAAGGAUAAACGUGCUCUCACUGCUCAUAUCACUUAUACAAGGCAUAUGCUUUCCAUCCCCACAACUUCCCGAUCAUGA